GUAACUGCACCCUCAUGCGACCGUAGACUAGCCAAGUGCUUGCUGAAAGCGAACGCGUCUGUCCUCUACCAGGGGGGCGAGUCCAUCCUCCACACAGUAAUGUGCAAUGACGUCGAAACGCUACGUCUUCUCGAACCUUAUUUCCAUGGCCACUGCGGCGUUUCCGAAAUCUUCAUGACGGUUUGGGGUAACGGCAAGCGAGCAAACUCGCAUCUUGAAGAGGCAGUCUUGUCACUCUUGCUGAAAGCCGGUGCUACCGGUGAAUGCAUCAGUAUGGCGCUUUUGGAAACCAUCAAGACGGUCGCAAAUACGCCCGCCGGAUUUGCCUUCAUCACCAACCUUCUGAAAGCGGGCGCUGAUGUGAACUACAACGAGGGCGCCAGCUUGUUGGAGGCGUCGACACGAGGCGAUCUCCGCGUGCUCAAGGAGUUACUCGCAUACGGCCCUCGAAGAAAGAAUAUGACCCGCGCGUUUCCACUCGCCUUCAGGUCUGGUACCGACAGUCGCUCCAUUCGCGAGAUUGUUGUGGCCUUCUGCUCACACCCGUCCGCACCUGAUCUUACCUACGAGCAUCCAACCCACGGACCAAUUCUCUGGCAGCUGCUGCAGGCCUAUCCGGAUGAGCGCGAGCUGCUUCAGUAUCUGAUCGACAAGAAGUGCUCAGUGGAUCCGGUAAUUAAAGCAGCACUGCCGCUGUCACCGGGUGAAGAGAACGUGUCCUUGCUCUGCUGGGCUCUAGCCAAGGAGCAAAGCGUACUCGACGAGGACAUUAUAAAGACCCUGGUUGCUUCAGGAGGUAAGUCGCCUAACUCUACUUUGUCUUUCCAUGCUGACGUAUCUAGCCAGCGUCAACUUCCAGACAAGCCUGUCGCAAAGCACUCCUCUACAGUUAGCGAUCCUUGGCUCCCGUAGCAAGUCGGUCGCUACCCUUCUACACUUUGGCGCCGACCCCUCUCAAGAGUCAUCCAACGGCAUCUCGCCGCUCUCUCUCGCAGCAUCCAUCGGGAGUAGUUCAAUUGUCCGUCAGCUCCUCAAGGCCGGCGCGGCGCCCGGCGACGGAAGUCUGCAUGAAGCGGCGCGGAUGGUCAACGUCAGCGUGCUUCAAGUCCUCCUCAUCGAAGGCAAGCAGCGCGACUAUCCAUGCUCAAGGUUCCAAGGAAGAACCGCACUCGCUGAACUGUGUCUGAUGGCCGGAAACAAGCCAGUGAGCCAAAUCAAGGCGGCCAUGGGCUUGCUAAAGGCGGCGGGUGAUGUCAAGCGCAAGUCCAAGGGCAAGUCGGUGCUCCAUUUUGCGCUUGACAAUGCGAACGCGAUCGUCGUCACGCAGGCACUGCUCGAUGUGUUCAUGGCCGAGUACGUCAACAGAGACUUUAAUCUUUUUGAGGACGGUCGAUUCCGAUAUUCACCUCUCGCAUAUGUUGCCAAGGGCCUGAAUAAGGCGCCCCCGUCUCAGCGCGCCGAACUUGUCGAUCUUCUCAUGGAAUUUGAAUGCAAAGAGCGCUUCUGGGCAGUCGAAGGCGAGCAGCCUGAAGACAUGGUCGGUGCCCCUGACGAAAUCAUCCGAGCCAUCAAAGCACAACGCCAACGCCAGGAGCGCAUCCAAGAGGAACAAGAAGACCACCACCGUCGACUCAUGCAGCGACGCGCAGAACAGGCGGAGGAACUCGCAGCACUCAAAGCGCGUCACGACCUCAGCCUCGAAAACCAGCGAGAAAUCGCCACCGAAACCGCCAAGAUUGAAUCCGAGACCGCAACCCGGCAUGCAGGCAUCGCAUCCCAGCGGUACGACGCUGAGCUCGCCUAUAUGCGCCAGGUGACCGAUCUCGCGAACAAACGCAAAGACGACGCAAACUACCGCGACUUUGAGCACCGGCGUAACCUCGCCCUCAUGGAGAAGACGCAGCGCGAUGAGAAUUACGCACACGAGAAGCAGCGACGCGACGAGGAAGCGAGCUUCAUUCAGCGCCGCGAGAGACUACUCACCUCGGGCUACGAGGAUCGGGCAAAGAUCGAUAGUCAACGGUAUGCGGACCAGAUGCGGCUCUUUGAGUCGCAGAAGAACAUCAUGCAGAUGAACUCGCAGCCGCGGCCAGUGCAGACGCCCCGUCCGGUCCAGGCACUCACGGAUGGGUCCGAGCUGGACUGACGUGACGUGGCAGGAAUGAAUUUGUAAGAUUUAGGCGUCCCUUUGGAUAUCAGGUAUCUAUUUUUUUAUUUUAUUUUUUUCUAGUUUGUAGCGAAUACCAUUUAUCGUUUUGUUCUUGUA